CGACUCCUCGAUCCCAUAUCCCCACUCACCCACUCCACCAUCCUCUCCCUCCUGCUCCACCUCCCCUCCUCCAGAUCCAAGGCAAUCGAGCGCGCCCACCGCUGGGCCAUCGCCAUGGAUGCGGCCACCGGCCUCCCCUCUCCGUUCUGAGAUGUCCGGUAGCUCCGUCAUGGACGCCUUCCUCCUCCUCGUACACGGGAUCGAGCCGGGACGGCCCCGCAGUACUGCCCCGACCCCUUCGACCACCUCGGAACAUCGUCGCGCCGUCUGCCUCCUCUACUCCGUCGGCGAGCUUCCUCCACUCCAACUGCCUACUGCUCCUAAACCUCCCGCCGAGCUGUCGUGUGCUCCUGACCUUGAGACCGUUGUCGAUGCCGUUGUGAUCAACUACGUCGACGACGACCCUUCUUCCCUUUCAGCGGAGCUUCCAGAUGGUGGAUCCCUGGAGUCAGAUGCCACCCCUGCCGACUACGACUACUACCCCGAGGGUGCCUAUACUACAUGGAGCCCGCCGAUGACCAGGAGUAGUUAGGAGGUCCUAGGCAGGAGGCCUUGCCUCUUCGGUCGUUGAUGUUUGUGCUAGCCUUCUUAAGGCAAAA